AUGGUCAACAUGAACAUCCUCGCCACUGUCGCCCUCGCGGGUCUCGCUGCCGCAAAGACCGUCGAAGUCAAGGUCGCCGAGAAUGGCCUCACAUUCACCCCAAACAAGAUUGUGGCCGACCUCCAUGACCAGGUCGUGUUCAAAUUCUCCAAGGGUGGCCACGACGUCUCUUCCGGCCCAUUCAACAACCCAUGCAAGCCAGAGAGCAACUCACUCUACUCCGGAAAGCUCAAUGAGGGCGAUGUAUUCUCCGUCAACGUCACCAGCACCAACCCAGUCUGGAUCUACUGCUCUGUCUCCAAGCAUUGCUCCAAGGGCAUGACUGCUGUCAUCAACGCUCCCGGAGACAGCAUCGAGGCCUACACCCAAAAGGCCUCGUCCGCUGGAAACGGCGAGGCACCAGCCAAGGUCAACAAUGGAAGCGGCGGAAGUGGUACUCCCACCACCAGCUCUGGAUCUCCUGCAGCUACUACCACCAAUGCUGCCUCCAGCCUGACCUUUAGCGGUGCUGCUGCUCUGGUCGCCAUGGGCGGUGCCUGGGCUGGUCUGCUUUAG